AACCCAGCAAUAAUAAUAGGGGCUGACUUGUCUGUCUUGAAUCAAGAGAAACGUCCUUGGGUGUUCGGAUUGCUGGCUGUUUCUUUCUCUCUUUGCAUUUCUGCUUCUCAUCUUAUAUUCGCUCUUCGUCAGGCUACGUGUGUCCUCCGUUUCAUUCAACCAUGGCCUCUGCACCCUCCGUCGCAGCUCCUCCGAGCACUGUGUUUCCUCGCAGUCAUGUCGGUUUUGACAGCAUUACGUCUCAGAUUGAGAAGAAGCUCUUGAAGCGUGGCUUUCAGUUCAACGUUAUGUGUGUUGGCCAAACUGGUCUCGGAAAGUCAACUUUGAUCAACACCAUCUUCGCUUCACAUUUGAUCGACUCCAAGGGUCGUCUGACCCCCAACGAGCCCGUUCGCUCUACUACUGAAAUUCAGACUGUCUCUCACAUCAUCGAAGAAAACGGUGUACGUUUGAGGCUCAAUAUUGUCGACACCCCAGGAUACGGUGAUCAAGUCAACAACGACCGAUGCUGGGACCCAAUCGUCAAGUACAUCAAAGAUCAGCACUCGGCCUACCUUCGCAAGGAACUCACAGCUCAGCGAGAACGUUACAUUCAAGACACACGUAUUCACUGCUGCCUCUUCUUCAUUCAGCCAUCCGGACAUGCCCUUAAGCCCAUCGAUAUCGUUGUCCUGAAGAAGCUUUCCGACGUUGUCAACGUUGUCCCUGUGAUUGCCAAGUCCGAUUCCUUGACCUUGGAAGAGCGACAAGCAUUCAAGGAGAGAAUUAAGGAGGAAUUUACUUUCCACAACUUGAAGAUGUAUCCCUAUGACAAUGAUGAAUUGGAUGAUGAGGAGCGCGUGAUGAACGCUCAAAUCAAAGAUAUUAUUCCAUUCGCCGUCGUCGGAAGCGAGAAGAACAUUGUUGUUAACGGCAAGCAGGUGCGCGGCCGCCAGAACCGUUGGGGCGUGAUCAAUGUUGAAGACGAGAACCACUGCGAAUUCGUGUAUCUACGCAACUUCUUGACUCGCACCCACCUUCAGGACCUCAUUGAAACCACCAGCCAGAUCCACUACGAGACUUUCCGUGCUAAACAACUCAUGGCCUUGAAGGAGAGCAGCGCCGCCGGAGGUGGUCCACACAGUGGUAGCAGACCCAUCAGCCCAUCUGCUGAUCGCGAGUUGAGCCGAAACUCCCAAAGAGUUACCAUGAACGGAUACUAGAGUCUGACUCGGCUAUGUAUGGACGAUGAUACUAACAACUAAUCGACAACAAACAUGUUUAACCGACACGUCAGUUGAUGGCGCUCCGAAUGGGAAUAGGGGGACGCAGACAAAAAAAUGAACAAGCUUACUGUUAUAAUAAGCGCGUGAGAGUGGUUUUCCUUUUGCCUGUUACAGAUAUCCAUUUUUAACUACGCAAUUUUCUUUUUUCAAGUCGACCUGUUACACUCUCUUUGUCUUUCCUUUGCUGUCCCGAUAGUCGGGAAUGACUAGUUAUAUCUUUUACAACGACAUUUGAUUAAAUAAUUAGCAGUGCCUUUUCAAUUAUGAAUGAUUGAUUAUCCACC